AAAUUCUCCGGUGAAAAAUGUCAGGGCGCGGCAAGGGAGGCAAGGGAUUGGGCAAAGGAGGAGCCAAGCGUCACAGGAAGGUUCUCCGGGACAACAUCCAGGGCAUCACCAAGCCCGCCAUUCGCCGUUUGGCUCGCAGAGGCGGCGUCAAGCGUAUCUCUGGUCUCAUCUAUGAAGAGACCAGAGGUGUCCUCAAGAUCUUUCUCGAGAACGUCAUCCGUGACGCCGUCACUUACACUGAGCACGCUCGCAGGAAGACCGUCACCGCCAUGGAUGUUGUCUAUGCUUUGAAGAGGCAGGGAAGGACUCUCUAUGGAUUUGGGGGUUAAAUCGUUGGGUGUUAGUUUAGAAUUUGGGUGUAAUGAAUAUUUUGUGGUUAAAUAUUAUGUUCAUGUAAUCUGCACCUCGUUCGUGAAGUAAUGGAAGUUUGAUAUUUCGUU